CGGUUCAGAGAGCGGCGCUGUGCUGUUGGCGGUUUGUGUGUGUGCGCGCGUGCGUGCGCGCGUGUGUGUGUGUGUGAGCGAGUGAGAGACCGCGCUGCAGCCGCGUGUGAUGGCCGGGGUGUCAACAAAUCAGUAGCGGUGUCUUGGUUACUACUUGGUCCGAAUCUGUUCGGAGUUUAACACGUGAACACGUGAAGUGUUGGAGGAAAAAUGUCUCGGCCCUGGAUGCUUCAUGUCGAGCUGCUGCUCGUGCUUUGGCUCGGGAUGGUGCACGCGCAAAAUGAAAAUCUAGUGGUGUUUACCCUGGGAACGUUCCAGAAUGUAAGUAUCCCUGUGAAUGGAAGCGUGGAAGUGAACCUGUCCCGGAUCCCAGCUGAAGUGGCCUUCGUCAUACUUCAGUUUCACACUCAGCACCUCAAUGCCACCAUCUCAUACACAAGAGUUCCAGCAUACGGAACUUCAGUCACCACCUCCGAUUCUGGGCUGCUGUUUCCUCUGUUGCCAUCUCAGUUGUCCCUCUCGUGCUUCCUGUUGGCUCCUAACGAUGAAUCCGUCGCGGGAAUAGGCGUCAUCCUGCCCUACUCACUCACUGAUCCGGUCCCUGGGGCCUGCAAUCAGGAGUUCCCACUGGAGAUCGAUCCAAACAUCUACUUGCUCUACAACCUUUACGAGACCACCAUUCGCUUUGCUCCGGCGAACAUCGGAUACGCAAGAGGAACCUCUCCCCCGGCAUGCGACGUGGAAACGGACCUGAGCAGCCGCUGGCGUUUAGAGUACGAUGUGUAUCAGUUCUUCCUUCCCGAGAGCGAUCUUUCGGAGCGGAUGAUGAUCAAAGGCAUGGAGACUGUCGCCAGAGGGAUGAACAUGAUGGAAAACGGUAGAAAGCUCAUGACGUUGUCCUCCCAGGACAAAACUCUACUGUCCUUUAACUCCAUCCCGGGACAGGGCGUGAUCUACUCCAUUAUUGUGAGAGACCCUGUCUUCAACAGUUCAUCCUCCUACGUCCCUGUGCACACGUACGCCUGCAGCUUCACCUCCGCUGUAGACGGCUGCACCACGCUAGGGAGACCUUCAACCAAAGUUUUUUUCACAAUCGCGGGUCUUGCAGGACUUCUUGUAUGUUUCUUAGGGCAUCGGUUUUUCAAAUGUGAGCUCUUCUGUCUGGGCUUUGGAUUUGGCGCUUUCUUCUUCUUUGUGCUGAUCACGAGAACCACCACAGGAACCACCACGCUGGAUUAUGACCUCCGAUUGGCUCUGACAGCUCUGAUGGGCAUUGUAUGGGGUGUGGCCCUGGUGAUGAGUUGGUGGAGGUUCGGCUCGGUGAUGGCCUGCGUCGUCGUCGCCGGCCUCGUCCUCGGCUUUCUCGUUUCAUCCAUUGUCUUUUUUACACCGCUCGGUGACGUCUCUGUGUUUCAUAACGACGUGGUGUUCUGGGUGACGUUCAGCUGCAUCAUGCUGGUCGUGCCUCUGUUCUUCAUCAGGUGGCCCAGAGAGGGGAAUAUAUUAACAUGUGGAGUGGUGGGAGCGUACAUGGUGGUGCUGGCUGUGAACUCCUACACCUACACCAGCCUGUCCUACAUCACUCUGGACGUCCUUAAACGCUUCCUCAACGACGACUUCAGCAGAGCGUUCAUAUCCGUCCCUCUACAGAACAUCGACUUCAUCCUGAUCAGUGUGUGGGCGAUCCUGGCAGUAUCGGGCGUGGUCCUGCAGCUGUACAGAGAGCGCUCGCGGCCGUUCUUUCCCCCGAGCCCGUACGUCCUGUGGUGUCAGGAGCGCGAGCGGCGUAAGACGAACGUUUUGGACCCGAGCCAUCACACGCCGUCGCUCCCCGCCCGCCUGCUCGCACGUAUCCGUCAGCUCACUCGCCACCCAGAACCUGCAGGAGAACGUACACCUCUGCUCCUCUAGAUAUGUGGAGCUCUGAGCGGCGUGUGACGAGGAUACUGUCAGCCUCAGGGCCCACUUUUACAGUGACGCACAUCAGGGUCUGACUCGGGUCCUGGCUCUUGAAUGUAGAAGAUAUUGAUCACAUGAUGUGAUGAAUGAAUAAUUACACACAGUAACGGGGUCACACGUGAGCCUGACCUUUUUAACAAAGUCUGAGCAAAGUGAUCAGUGACAUCGUCGCUCCGCCCUCCUUGGAGUCGAACCUUACUGUUUUAAAGAGCCAAAAAAAACUGAAAUCCAUUUUAUAAAUAUUUUCUUUUUCUUUUUCUGAUUCAUUACAAUUUCCUCGUAAUGUGACGAGCGGUUUUUAAACUUGUGAAGGAAAAAAAUGCAACAUUUAUUAAACCUUUUUAAAGCA